AUAGUUUCAAACCGUACAGGGAACGAGUGUGUAAUACAAUCUUUGUUUGUGUGGAAAAUACUUCAACUAAACGGCAGACAAUAUGCCUACACAGAGGAUCCAUAUUAACUUGGUCAUCAUUGGACACGUGGACAGUGGCAAGUCCACAACUACUGGUCACCUCGUCUACAAAUGUGGAGGGGUUGAUCCCAGAACACUUGAGAAGUAUGAGAAGGCUGCAUCCCAGAUGGGAAAGACUUCCUUCAAGUAUGCUUGGGUUCUGGAUAAAUUGAAAGCGGAGCGAGAACGUGGCAUUACAAUUGACAUUUCCUUGCUGAAAUUCAACACCCAAAAAUACACCUUUACCAUAAUUGAUGCACCUGGCCAUCGUGACUUCAUCAAAAACAUGAUCACGGGCACCUCACAGGCGGAUGCGGCUCUACUGGUGGUUUCUGCUGCCAAGGGUGAAUUUGAGGCUGGUGUCUCUCGCAAUGGCCAGACAAGAGAGCAUGCUUUGCUAGCUUACACUCUUGGUGUCAAACAGCUCAUGGUUUGUGUCAACAAAAUGGACCUCACCGAACCACCAUUCAGCCAGAAACGUUACGACGAGGUGGUGAGGAAUGUCUCCACGUUUAUCAAAAAGAUUGGGUUUGAAAUCGGUACGGUGCCUUUCAUACCAGUUUCCGGUUGGAGUGGUGAGAAUAUGAUCGCACCGACUCAAAAGAUGCAAUGGUUCAAAGGGUGGAAGCUCAAGAGGAAAGAAGGUUUCUCAAGUGGCCGAACCCUACUGGAGGUCCUUGACUCUUUACUACCUCCAGCACGCAAUGCAAGCAAGCCGUUGCGUCUACCAUUGCAGGAUGUCUACAAGAUUGGUGGUGUUGGCACUGUCCCUGUGGGUAAGAUUGAGACUGGGGUCUUAAAGCCUGGGAUGAUCCUGACCUUCUCACCAGCGAAGUUGACCGCAGAGGUCAAGUCCAUCGAGAUGCAUCACCAGGGGCUUCAGACCGCCCUCCCUGGCCACAACGUGGGCUUUAACAUUAAGAACGUCGCUGUGAAGAAUCUACGAAGGGGAGACGUUGCAGGAAAUUCACAGCAGGAUCCGCCAUCUGACGUUAGCAGUUUCAUUGCUCAGAUAAUCAUGCUGAACCACCCAGGAAAAAUCAAGGUUGGUUACGCCCCUGUGCUGGACUGCCACACAACCCACGUUUCCUGUCGUUUUGCCGAGCUGAGGGAAAAGCUUGACAGGCGUUCUGGGAAGAAGCUGGAGGAUUCUCCCCAAUAUCUGAUGUCUGGAGAUGCCGCUACAGUCAAACUGGUCCCUAACAAACCCAUGUGUGUGGAGAGCUUCUUCAAUUAUCCACCUUUGGGUCGAUUUGCGGCAAGAGAUUUGAAACAGACCGUUGCUGUUGGGGUCAUCAAGUCUGUGGAGAAGGUUGACCAAACUAAAAAGCCUAAAGCAUCAAAAUGAAGUAGUCAUUUUGCUUGUUUAUAAUUUAUUUACCAGCAGUCUGGUAUGCGAACCAAAGAGGUUCUGUUUAAGUUAAUUCAUGUGUAUAAUUUUAUCUCGUAGCAUCCUUUGUGUUGGCUUUAAAUUAAGCUGCUUAUUUUAAAACAAAUUCCUGGUGUAAUGGGUUGAUUGUGAGCCCAUGAGAUUUUUGUAUGGAUGUAGAUCCAUUUAAAAUUGUAUGUUACUGGACUGCAAAUAAAAUUUCAGUUGUCA